GUACCGAACUUUUUUGAAGUAGUUGGUACCGAGUAUUGGGCACCGACAAUUCGGCACAUCACUAGUGUGGUGUGGCUGGGAAAAGCAACAAUAGAAAAAUGAGCAGUUCCGAAGAAGUCUCUUGGGUAACAUGGUUUUGUGGACUGCGCGGCAAUGAAUUCUUCUGUGAGGUAGAUGAGGAUUAUAUACAGGACAAAUUCAAUUUGACUGGAUUAAAUGAGCAAGUACCAAACUAUAGAAAUGCUCUUGAUAUGAUCCUCGAUCUCGAGCCGGAAGAUGAUCUGGAAGAGAACCCAUUGCAAUCGGAUAUGACAGAGCAGGCGGCUGAAAUGUUGUAUGGCUUGAUACAUGCUCGAUACAUUUUAACAAAUCGCGGAAUUGCGCAAAUGAUCGAAAAAUACCAAACAGGUGAUUUUGGACAUUGCCCACGUGUUUAUUGUGAAAGCCAGCCCAUGUUACCUUUAGGUUUGUCAGAUAUACCUGGUGAGGCUAUGGUAAAAACCUAUUGUCCCAAAUGUAUUGAUGUAUAUACGCCAAAAUCAUCACGUCAUCAUCACACGGAUGGUGCUUAUUUUGGUACAGGAUUUCCACAUAUGCUCUUCAUGGUACAUCCUGAAUAUCGUCCUAAGCGGCCGACUAACCAAUUUGUUCCAAGACUUUAUGGCUUCAAAAUUCAUAGCUUAGCUUAUCAAAUUCAACUGCAGGCAGCAGCUAACUUUAAAAUGCCACUACGAGCGAAAAAUUAAUAAAAAUUAAGAAUUAUAAACCACAAACAACUCAAGCAAACUUAAAAAUGUAGAGAUCGGAAAGGAAACUCAUUUUGUUUACAAAAACAAUUGAAAGGCAGCCAAGAACACACACAAACAUUAGAAACUGCGAUACUAAAACCAAGCAGCACAAAAUGUUUUGAGUUUUACACAGCAGUCGCCUUCACCAUAUACGUUAAAAAUAUCAGAAUUCAUUAUAAACAUUCACAAAAAUACGUAUUAGAGAAAUACAAAAAUCACAUAUAAACUAUUUCAGUCAACCUCCUAUGUAUAUGUCCUAAUAUAGAAGUUUUGUACAGUUAAAGCAUGUGAGAGACAUACGUUAGUCAUUAUUCACCUCAUACAAUCCUUUUAUACACAAAUUAUCAUAAAAGUGAAGAAAUUCAAUAUAAUCUAUCUAGCCCUUUUCUAUUACGCUGUAAUUUUUAGUUUUUGUAUACAACUCCUCUGGUAGGAAUUAAAAAACAUAACCCGCUUCACAUCAAUUUGCAUUCUGUUAAUGUAGUUUUGAACGAUGAAUAAAUUGUAAUAUUAGAAAAUAAUGACUUUAAA